UUCAGCUUCAAGUAGUAUAAUAGGUAAGAGGAGAGAGUGGAGUUCUCUAUUAUAUUCUCGUGUAAUGUUCUCAUUCAUCGUCUUGAUGGGUCGCCGCCGUAGUAAUGAUGGAAUAGAUACCUAAGAAGUUUGUUGAUAUAGAAGCUUUCAGAUAUGAAAAUGUUAAAAUGUUCUGAUCAAGAGGAUAUUUCAAGUUAUUUAGGUGAAAGGUAGGAAUGUAAGAGCCUACUUAUCAGCAGCUGGCAUGGCAGCUGGCGAGCUCCGCGAUUAGGUAGAUACCUGAGCCACCAACGUAAUAAUCUUACUGAACACCUCUCCAUCGGAACUGAGCGAUAUCAGCAUAAUUCACUUAAGAAUCAAGAGGGUAAACUUGUAUCUCGUAAUAGGCGACGCUCAAGUCAUUGUAGGCGUUCUUUCGCGUAUCGUACCCCUCAAAAUGCCAUAUCACCUCUUCCACGGCAUACUGAUCCACUCCCGCGGCCCCUCCGAACUUGUGAUCCUCGAGAGCGCCCUUAUCGUCAUCAAUCCCGACGGCAAAAUCACCAACCUCAUAGAACACGCACCCUCAAAUGAUAUACCUGACAUAAUCUCAUCUCUAAACAUUCCACUUUCGGCCCCCCGGAUCGAGUACUAUCUAACCCGCACUCAAUUCCUCAUCCCAGGCUUCAUUGACACCCAUAACCACGCACCACAAUGGGCGCAGCGCGGAUUAGGUCAAAGUUUACAUAUACUAGACUGGCUCGAGCGUGUCACAUUCCCCAAUGAAGCGCGGUUCGCUGAUCCAGCGCACGCGCGGCGUGUAUACAGCUCCUGUGUCGAGGGUUUCUUAAGACAAGGCGUCACCACAGCAUCGUAUUACGGAUCUCUACACGCGGAGGCCACUAACAUCCUCGCAGACAUCUGUCUCGCCAAGGGUCAGCGUGCGCUCGUUGGUAAAUGCAACAUGAACCGGAACGCGCCGGACUACUACCGGGACUCGAGCGUUGAGGCAUCUUUAAAAGAGGCCGAAUCCUGCAUCGCGCAUGUGCGAAAGAUUGAUCCAGAGGGCAAAUUACUGAAAUACGUGAUCACGCCGCGGUUCGCGAUAAGUUGCGAACCGGCACUUUUAGAAGGUCUAGGUGCAUUGGCGGCAGCAAAUCCGGAUUUGCCGAUCCAGACGCAUUUUAAUGAAGCGGAGCAGGAAAUGGUGUUUACGAAGGAGUUAUUCCCGCAGUUUAAAGGGAGUGAGGCGGAUUUGUAUGAGCAUUAUGGAUUGCUAAAUGAUCGCUCGAUACUUGCGCAUUGUUGCCAUAUGAGUGAAUAUGAGACGCAGCGUAUUAAGGAUCUAGAAUGUGGUGUUGCGCAUUGUCCAAUUUCGAAUAUGACAGUGGGUGGGGGGUUCAUGGCAGCACCGAUACGUGAGUUCCUUCAACGUGGAGUGACGAAGAUCGGGUUGGGGACUGAUAGUGGUGGGGGCUUUUCGAGCAGUAUUUUGGAUGCGAUGAGACAAGCAUUGGUAGCGUCCAAUGCAAAAGAGGUAAUGAGCAAAGGUAAAGAUAAGGGACUGGAUAUCCCGGAGUUAUUCUACUUGGCUACACUAGGAGGCGCCCGAGUGUGCGGUCUCGAUGAUCGGAUUGGGAAUUUUGAGGUCGGUAAGGAGUUCGAUGCUCUGAUUAUUGAUGCGAGCGCACCGGGAGGUAUCAUGACUGUGUUGCAAGACGAUGACUCCACGAGGACGAUGUUCGAUAAAUUCAUCAUGACUGGUGAUGACCGCAACAUUAAGGAAGUGUACGUGCGGGGGCAGUCUGUCAAGGUCCAGUGAGUUUCACAAGUUUCGUGGCGUCGGGACAUAAAUGUGCAGUUUCACUGUUUUUAUUAUCAUUACGGGUGAUGGACAUAUCGACUCAUUGUAUGG